AUACCCAAGUGUUUUUACCUGGCUACGCUUGCGCAGUUGAAGAGAUUUGUUUUAAUUGUUUGGCUUAAUAUAUUCAAGCUUGAAGUGAGUGUAAGUGGUAUAUAAUAUGUGCGUGCGUGUCAAAAUAAUUAUUGGUAGUGAUUACUUAGUUCAUUGAAUGCAGUUUCAUUGUGCUGCGUGUAACAAGAUACAUUUGAUUGCUGCGUAUACCAUUUGCUGUUGCAAUAGUGUGGGUUACACUGUUACAUACAAGCUCUGGCUAGAGGCCAGCCCCAACGCUCGAGCUACUGGCCAUUGAGCACAAACCGCAUUCCACAGAGCGGCGGCCACUGUGCAGACCAUCAAUGAAAAAGUAGGCGCCAUGCAUCACCAUCAUCCGCCAUUGCCCAUAAUGAGUCCGGCAAAUGCUGCUGUGCCACCUGCAGCGGGCACUUCAUCGCAGCAGCAACAGCCACAGCCGCAGCAGCCCCAGCAGAGACGACGCAAAAAGCGGCCCAACUACGGCACUCGCACUGUAGAGGUGCGCCGUGGUUAUAAUGGCUUUGGAUUUACCAUAUCCGGCCAACAGCCAUGCCGCUUGUCCUGCAUUAUCAGCAAUUCGCCCGCCGAGCAGGCGGGUCUGCGUGCCGGCGAUUUUCUUAUUUCGGUGAACGGCCUCAAUGUAUCCAAGCUGCCGCAUGAGACUGUAGUGCAGUUGAUAGGCAAUUCGUUUGGCAGCAUUCGCAUGCAGAUUGCAGAGAACUAUUUUUCGGACAGCUCCGAUGAGGAAAAUGCCAAUGCUACGCUGUUGAUACAGCGCAGUGCGCGUGGCCAGAUGUUGGCGGCUAGCCUGGGCCCAGGUGUGCGCAACAAGCCACGUUUUCUGCAUCACAAAUCAAAGAUGCACCGACUGCGUAACUCGCCACAAAAGAAGCCACCAGAGCCACUAGAAGCUGCGGCCCCUGUUGCGGUAGCUGCCUUACCGGAUCAUGCAACCUUGCGUCCCGUGCUAGAGGAUGCACCGUUGGCGCAUGUCGGCAAGGUGGCGGAUGUUGCCAAUGUCAGCGCCAUGGUGCGCGCUGUGGGCAAUGCUGCCCUGGAAUAUCGUGUCAUUGUCGGCUAUCUGGGCACGAUUGAGAUGCCCAAGCAGAUAUCGCACAGCUCCAAACUGCAAACGGUGCGCUCUUGCAUACGCAAACUGCGCCAGGAGAAGCGACAGCCCACCAUUGUGCUUAUGAGCAUCACUCCGAACUCGUUGAGGCUGCAGAGUGCAAGCGGUGGAACACUGGCCACAUAUGCUUCGGCACGGUUAAAUUACGUGAGCUCUUCGUCCGAGAGCGAGAACCGUUUCUUUGGACUAGUGACCAGCGCCGUGCACAACACGCAAAUCGAUGAGGAAUACGAGGUGGAGGACAAGCCAAAUGCCAGCGGCGGCCACAUCAGCAUAUCCCACAGUUGCCAUGUCUUUGUCAUUGAUACCAAGCUGAUUGAGCAUGGCCAGCAUGUGGCACGUGCGAACGAGUACCGCUUGCAGUGCACCAGAGAUCCCAUUUCGAAUCUUUGUCUGGAGUUUCCCAAUAAUUCGGAGUAUGUGGUGAAUCUCAUACGCAGCAUGUACACCAUGCGUAUUCUACCGCCUGCGAGUCGCAGCCAACAGCCGCAGGAUUAUGAAGCGGGUGCUCCAGCCGGUGCAGCCCACUCCCCGCAGCCUUCCAAUCAUAGCGAGAUUUCCACAACGACCUCCAAUUCUGAUUCGGGCAUUGGCUUCAACAAUGACUGCACCAACAUAUCCGAUCGCAUCUUGGUUGUAGACUUUGCCGGCGCACCGGGAGCAGCUGCCCUUGGCCUAGCGCCCAUGGCUCCAGCUGCAGCGCGUCCACAGGGCAUUGUGGGUGUGCCCGAUAACCGUUUGACUGUGCGUGCCAUGCCUGAUCCUGAUCCCAAAUCACCGUCGGGAUCCUGCUCAUUGCGUCGCCCCAAUCUGUUGGCCAGCUUCAAUCUGAUCAAGAGUCCGGCCACGAAUCUUACGGCCACACGCUCUUGCGAUGAUGUGCUCAAUCUAUUGGUAGAUGAUCAGCCAGUUCUAGCCGCUGUCGCCUCCAUGGAUGAUAUUUCUCUGCACUCCACCGCUGCCUCACAGGAUGAGACACACAUGUUUGUGCACCCAGCCUGUGUGUCACGCAAGAUGCGGCGCUCCAUGCAGCCACCGCCAACAGCGUCUGAGCCAACUCCAUCCAAGCUCAGCGCCCAGGUCUUUGGCAAGCCGCGUUCGCGACAGUCUCUGGGCUUUGAGGCUAUCGAUAGCAUACAAUCCCCUGGCAUGACCUGCCCUGAUCAGCCUAUGGACACCUGGAGCAGUCUCCAGAACAUACAUAAAUUAACCCAACCGAAUCCAAUAACGGGUCWACCACCAUCAUCAUCAUCCACACAUUGCCUACUAGAAGCUACAAACAGUGAGCCAGAUCUGGGGAAUCGCGCACUGCCGUCCAAUGCCUCGCCCUUUCGUCGAGCCUGGGGUCAAUCAUCGUUUCGCACGACGCGCACCGACAAGGUGGCCAAAGCAGGGGGGUCUGGCAACAGUCCAAUAGUGCGACGCUCAGCCUCGAUGACCGCCUCCGACAACGAUGUGUACAUUAAGACGCUCAUGCUGGACGAGCUCAAGUCGGCGAAGCAGUCGCAGCAGUUGGGACCUUUCCAGGUGCCACAAAUACUUACCACACCGGCGCCGCCGUCCAGCGUGAUGGUAAAGGCAACCGGUGGAGAGUCCACGCAGGAGCUGGCGGCGCCAGAGCAGAAGGGUCCCAGCAGCUGGGGCACAUCGUUCGAGCGCAUGCUGCAGGAUGCCGCCGGCAUGCAGACCUUUGCGGAGUUUCUGAAAAAGGAAUUCUCUGCCGAGAAUAUCUACUUCUGGACCGCCUGCGAGCGCUACAGGUGCACGGAAUCGGAGUCAGAGCGCGUAACCAUGGCCAGGGAGAUCUUCAACAAACAUUUGUCCAACAACAGCAGCGAUCCGGUUAACGUGGACUCGCAGGCGCGUAAUCUAAGCGACGAGAAGUUGGCAAGCGGCGAUACGGACAUUUUUGCCGCGUCGCAAAAGCAAAUCUUCAACCUAAUGAAAUUCGAUAGCUAUCAGCGCUUCAUACGCUCCGACCUGUAUAAGAGCUGCGUUGAGGCAGAGCAGAAGCAGCAGACAUUACCCUAUACGGGUGCCGAUCUGGAUGAACUGUUGAAGACAAAUUUUCACGUAGUGGCCUCGCCCAAGCUCAAGAAGUCCGCAAGCAAUGCCGAGGAUCGGCGACGUAAGAGUCUAUUGCCCUGGCACCGUAAGACGCGGAGCAAAUCCCGUGAUCGCAACGAAAUAAUUGCCGAUCUCCAACAAACGUUGAUGCCCCCACCGCAAGCACCAAGCUCAACAACCACAGGGGUGCCAGCGCCGCUAUUAACGUUGCUGUCUGGCGGCUCGGUGAGCGAUUUACACAGUUCCCGCUCUUCGUUGUCAUCUUUCGAUGCGAACCAGGCCGGACAGGGCUUUAGCGCGGACAACGUUUGCUCCUUGUGUCGGGUCAUACUCACUGACGGAGCCACAACUAUUGUGCAGACCCGUCCCGGAGAGACAGUCGCCCAACUAGUGGAGCGUCUACUGGAAAAACGCAACCUCGUCUAUCCCCAUUAUGAUGUUGUAAUCCAGGGCAGUAGCAAGUCUAUAGACACGCAGCAGUCCUCAAAGUUGCUGGCUGGCAAAGAGGUGCUAAUCGAACGUCGGGUGGCCUUCAAGCUGGAUUUGCCCGAUCCCAAGGUCAUAUCGGUCAAGAGCAAGCCCAAGAAGCAACUGCACGAGGUAAUCCGGCCUAUAUUGAACAAAUACAACUAUCGAAUGGAGAGCGUGCAGGUGUUGGUGCGAGAUACUCAAGCCCCGCUUGAUCUGAUGCAGCCCGUCACAGUGGCCGAUGGGCAGCGGCUUCAAAUAGUACUGAUCCAGCCGGAUUUUCAGCAAGGCGGCGGCAGUAAUAUGCCGCCGAAGCAUAGUAAACCAAUGAAACCGCUACCCGCGCUGGUGACGACGGAUCCGACGCAGGGUCAGCUGGACGAGCUCACCAACAAGGUAUUCAAUGAGCUUCUGCAGAGUAAAUCGGAUGCUGCAGCAGCGCCGACCCAAAAGCCAACCGAUCUGUGCUCCAUGAAGUCGAAUGAAGCCCCCUCGGAGAGCUCCUCCACGCUGUUCGAUCGCAUGCGACGGCAACAGCGCGACAAUAGCAACAUUCCAGGCAGCAAGCUGCCCAAGCUCAAAAAGAAAUCCACGAGCAGUCAACAUUCCGAGGAGGCAACCGCAACCGCAGCCGCAGCCGCUGCAGCAACGAUAAUGCCCCAUGUCGAUCCCAAGAAACCCAUCAUAGCCAAACUCAAGGCGGGCGUCAAGUUGCAGUGCACGGAGCGAGUAGCAGAACACCAGGAUGAACUACUCGAAGGCUUGAAGCGAGCACAGCUGGCGCGCCUGGAGGAUCAACGGGGCACUGAGAUUAAUUUUGAUUUGCCCGACUUUUUGAAGAACAAAGAGAAUCUGAAUGCGGCUGCCUCCAAAUUACGCAAGGUGCGCGCCAAUUUGAGCCCCGUUAACAAGGUCAGCAGCAGCAGCGGAACGGAUGCGCCUCAACCAGCGCCACGCCUCUCCAUUACACGUAGCCAACAGUCACCCAUGAAAGUGGAUCCUGAGGUGGAUACAGAUUUGCCGACAAUGGCAGUGGCACCGACAACGUCAGCGUCAGCGUCCAUUGACCAGCAGGAUUUACAGGAAUUCGCUAAAGCACCGCCACCAUUGCCGCCCAAGCCAAAGGUGUUGCCCAUAAAGCCAUCGAAUUGGGGCGUGGCCAAUGCUCCGCCCAAUGGGAGCUACAGCAAUAAAUUCUCGCCCGCCAAUCACGCACCCGCAUUGACGUCGGCUUCCACGACGACGAGCACGUCACCGUCAGCAACAGCCACAGCUUUGUCCUUUGCUACUAAGCUACCGCUGGACAUAGCACGCAAAUCGCUGGAGCAGCCAGGCACACGAUGUGCGUAUCUUGAUGAGCCCAGCAGCAGCUUUGUUUAACCCUAAGGCUACUUAUCGAUCUACGACUGAUCAUUGUACAUACUUUUAUAUAUAUAUUUAUUAAUAUUUGUAUUCUAUGAA